GAUAGACAAAAUGCAAGGCUGAGAAAGAACGACCAUUCUCUUUGGAUAUUGAAAAGAGUAAAGAAUAACUAAAAAUAAAAGCAUCUUCUUUUUCAAUUUGUUUCAGAAUUACCACAAUGUUGAUGAUAUGAUGUAGCAAUAUUAAAAAAUGGCGCUUUGUGUAAAUUCAUUAGUAACUCUUCCACCUUCUUCACAUCCUCGGAAACUAGCUGAAACAAGUUGCUGUUGUAGUCGUUUGAGAAAUGGCAGCUUAGCAGGUGCCUUAAAGCCGAUAGUUGUUAGUGGCAACCCUCCCACUUUCGUAUCUGCUCCUGGUCGUCGUAUUGUUGCUGUUGGAGAUCUACAUGGAGACAUUGAUCAAACAAGAUAUGCACUUGAGAUGGCCGGUGUCUUGAGUUCUGAUGGCCAAGAUUUGUGGAUUGGUGGAGAAACGGUAUUGAUUCAGCUUGGUGAUGUAUUUGAUCGAGGUGAAGAUGAAAUAGCUAUUUUAUCCUUAUUGAAGUCAUUGGAUAUACAAGCAAAAGCUGAAGGUGGAGCAGUUUUUCAGGUAAAUGGUAAUCAUGAGACUAUGAAUAUUGAAGGGGAUUUUAGAUAUGUAGAUUCUGGGGGAUUUGAUGAGUGUGCUGAUUUCCUGGAAUACUUGAAAGACUAUCGCUAUGACUGGGAAGAAGCUUUUGUUGGAUGGAUUGGAGCAUCUAAAAGAUGGAAACAGGACCGGAGAAUGUCCAAAAACUAUUGGGGACCAUUAAAUUUAGUAAAGAGGCAGAAGGGGGUCAUAGCCAGAUCAGUAUUGUUUAGACCUGGUGGUCCGUUGGCAUGUGAGCUGGCAAAGCAUGCUGUUGUUCUUAAGGUUAAUGAUUGGAUCUUCUGUCAUGGCGGACUUCUUCCACACCAUGUUGCAUAUGGCAUUGAAAAGAUGAACAGGGAAGUAUCUCACUGGAUGAGAGGACUUAGUGAGAGUGAUAGUAAUCCUUGCAUCCCUUUUAUAGCCACCCGAGGCUACGACAGUGUUGUUUGGAACCGCUUAUACUCCCGAGAUAAUUCUGGUUUGGAGGACUAUCAGAUUAACCAGAUAAAUAGUAUUCUUCAAGAGACACUGGAAGCUAUAGGAGCAAAGGCAAUGGUAGUGGGGCAUACUCCUCAAACCACAGGAGUAAAUUGUAAAUACAAUUGUAGUAUAUGGCGAAUUGACGUUGGGAUGUCCAAUGGAGUUCUUAAUUCAAGACCAGAGGUCCUGGAAAUAAUAGACAAUAAAGCAAGAGCAAUAAGAAGCAAAAGGGGCCCAUUAAAUGUGCUUCAUGUUGUUGAUUAUAUAUAGCAACAAGCAAAUGAAUCAACCAGGAUAUAUGGGCUGUACUUUCAACUUCAACAGAUUGGAUGGUCAUCAGGCUUUACAUGAGAAGCAUACAUGUUCAAGACUCUACAAAGGCAGGCUUUGCAAAUUUUUACAAUCAGAUACCAUCGGCAAAAGUAACCUUAUUUGAUUAUGGCUGAUAUGCAUGCCUUCAAAUACUGGUAUAUUGAAUUCAUAUCACAAGUUGUAUAAUAUGGUUGACAUUAUUGAAUGUGAGAGAAAGCUCAGUCUCCGCAUCACCCAUAAACCAGACAAUUUGUUAAAGAGUGCUGAUGAUACUUGCUAUUACAUUUGAGUUGUGUCUUCAGUCAUUCUUUAUCUGAUGAAAAUGAAGGUGCUUUUGGGCUAUAA